CCACACGGCCCCACUCUCUCUCUCUCUCUCUCUCUAGACCACAUCGCUUUCUCUCUCCAAGGGUUUCAGAAAUGUUCUCCGGCAGCCAAUUCGACGCCAACUCCGCCUUCGCCGGCGGCGGCUUCAUGUCUUCUCAGGCCACUCAAUACGGCGGCGAUUCCAAUUCCUCGGCGUCUAGGAGUCGUGAGAGUCACGGACUGGUUCCCGUGACGGUGAAGCAGAUAAGCGAAGCGCAUCAGUCCGGCGAUGAGAAAUCGAACUUUGUGAUCGACGGUGUUGAUGUGGCCAAUGUAUCUGUGCUUGGGAUGGUGUUUGAGAAAGCUGAGCAGGCCACUUGUGUUAACUUUAUGCUCGAUGAUGGGACGGGGCGAAUCAAAUGCCGAAGAUGGGUCAAUGAGAGUUUUGAUUCAACAGAAAUGGAGCAAAUACAAGAUGGAAUGUAUGUUAGUGUCAAUGGACAUCUGAAAGUCUUUCAAGGUGUUCGAGAGAUAGUUGCGUUCUCAGUGAGGCCAGUGAAGAACUUUGAUGAAGUUGCCUUCCACUACAUUGAGUGCAUACAUAACAACUUACUGUUACAGAAGCUGAAGGGAAGUGCUGUAAUUCAACCUCAGCCUAUGGGAUCAUCUGUGUACACUCCUGUAAAGAGUGAGCCUAGUGGACAUCAGACAACCUCAUCUAACCAAGUGGGGAAAUUUACUGCUGAUGGACAAAAGAGCGUUCAUGAAUUGAUUCAUGAGUAUAUGAUGCUGCAGCCCUCAAGCGCUGACGCAAACGGAAAUGGAAUAACCACACAGGAGCUUUCCCAGCACCUAAAGCUUCCCAUGGAGAAGAUCAUGGAUGGUAUCAGGACUCUUGAAGAAGAAGGCACACUAUAUUCCACAAUUGAUGAAUUUCACUAUAAGUUAACUAGUAUCUAGUGUGCUUCAGUAAAUCAACUGUUGGAAAUGUUGGUGUACAUUUUGGUUUAGCAUUCUCUGCUAUCAAACGGUUACUCUGGUGGUUCAGUUGCAAAAGUUUGCUUCUUCA